GUAAGGGCAACUGGAAUUUCAGUUCAUAACAGACAGCUGCUGCUGCUUCACAGGCCAAAGAAGAUGAAACUCUUCUGAAACUUCCACUCGCUCUUCGCUCUCCGGCGGAGUCCGUCCGACGAGCUCCGAGCUGCUCCCGCGAAGUGCCGAGGAAGAAGAUGGACGAAUCAGCGAAAUUGAGCGCCUUAAAGAAGGCUUAUGCUGAGAUAAUUAUGAAUGUGUCCAAGGAGGCAGCUUGUCGUGUUAUGGCGUCUGAGAAGAAAAGGCUGCGACUUGACCAAGAAUUGUCUGAGGUGAAAGACGAGGGACUGCAUUUGCUUUUGAGGUUAAAGAAAAUGCUUGAUGAUAAGACAAAUGAAGCGGAAGCAAUUUCGAUCAACCAACGGAAAAGAAUUGAUGAGCUUGAAGCACAGCUUGAUGAAGCUAAAGAUAUUGAAAAAGAGCUUAGAGGAGAAUUGAGAGAAGCACAUGCUGAGCUGGCAAAGGUAACGUCCUAUAGAUUGGGUUCUUCAAACAGAACUUGUACUGGGCCUGGCACUGCUUCCGGAGAACCAAUAGUGGGGAAUGAUCUUGAAGCUUCUAAAAGAUAUUCUCACAACACCCAUUUUUAUGCUCAUAACCUGGAUUUUUCAGCGAGAGUGAUGGGAUAUGAAGAGACUGAGCUCUAUCAUAAUUCAUUCACUCAGAAAAUUCAAGCAUUCGGAGGAAAACUUUGUGGACAUAUGUCUCUUCCUGGAAAGGAUGAUCAUCUUGCAAAUGGGCUGCAAGGAAAAAACGAGACGUUAUGUCUGAUUCCCAAACUAAGUCCUGACCAACCAUUUGGUAUGGAAGAAGAUUCAGAUGAGCAUGAAGUGACAGAGACACAUGGAAAGAGUAGCCAUUUUGAGGUUCCCAAGUCCUUCCACAUAAAAAGGAAAAGGACAACUAGAUAUCAGAAAGGUAAAAUCCCCCUGCCAGUAGUGGUGCAGCGAGCUUCUAACAUUUAUUGCUCCGAAUCUUCUCUUGAAUCUCAUCAUGCUCGUAGAUUAGCCUUGGAUACAGAGCAAAUGGGCAUGCAAUCAGAACGUCCUAUCAUCAGUAGUCAUGUGGAACUGGUUAGACCUUGUAGUUUUUGGGAUACAAGGGAUGACAGCAAGUUAUUGAAAGAAGCAGCACUCACAAGACGGGAAAAGGGACCGAUGGAGGCUUUAACUUUUUCGUCUGGCAGAUCCGAUGUUGGUAGAGUUAAUGACUUAACAUCGCAUGUAGAUGUAUCUAAUCUAGCUGACCCUGUUCUUGAAGAUAGACGUAAUGGUAAAUUCCUUAAGUACACCUUCCAAAGAAGGCGGAAAAAAGGGCAAUUCUGUGACGGGAAUUCAACAGUUGACCAGAUUACUCCAAAGAUGGAAAUAGAUGAUGAUUGCAAUGGUUUCCGAGAGUCGGAUUUGGUUGACUUGGUGUCAUCUGGAGAUACUCAGUUAAUUGAAGUUGCUGAGCAGCUCGUUACUUUAUCUCAGAAGAAAUGAUGGUGUGCGUCUAAGCUGGGCCUGCAUCAACUUGUGCCUGGAGGAUAGUUCGGAAGACAAUAUCUAGCUGAAGAACUUUGACAAGGGGCAACUUCUAUUGCCAAGGUAGUGCUUUAGUUACAUAUGUAUGGUAUAUAUAUGUAGAUAUUGCUUGGAACCAUCGACAGUAUCAGAAGUAGUCGAGAAUGAUCGAACCCCCUGAUGAGCUUUAUUAUUGCCAAUCCUUAAUUGCUCAAGCUGUAUCCAGAAUGACCUUACAGAUAAUGGGUUCAAAAGUAUACUGUAUUUGAUGUUGUCGUCGGCUA